AUGAGCUCUCUACGCCUGCGGUCUGUCAUCUUGGGUGGGCCAUGCCGCCUGCGAGCGCUGCCCAGACGUCAUCAUCACCAUACACCAUCACCUCGAAUCAACCUAGAGCCCUCAGCGGUCCGUGCGCUGGACGAAUGGAUUGCCAACCCUCCAACGCUGUCGUUAUCCGAUGGAGUGACACUCGACCACCUCACAGACCUAUACGCCACGCUCCCCACAAGAGACGGCACCCGUAGGCGGUACGAAACGCCCAAGGACGGGGAUGUUCUUGGGUAUGGACACCACCUCGCCUUCUUCCACUGCAAGAGCCCCGAGCAUCGACUGCGAGCAGACGGUACCGAUGAAGAGCUCUCGCCUCCUCCCCCGUUCUCGACCAGGAUGUGGGCUGGAGGCAAGAUUACCUGGGACAACGACAACCCCUUGACGGUGGGCGUCCAGUCCAAGACUUCGGCCAGCGUUUUAGAGGUCUUGAAGAAGGGGUUCGAUAGGGGCAAACCAUUGGUGUUUGUCACUCAGAGGAUCAACUUUUUCAAAAAGGGGAAGGAUAAGCCUUCGAUUGUUGAGGAGAGGCAACAUGUGUAUAUUCCUGAUGGAUUGAGGGUUGUACGAAAGGAGCCCCGAGUUGUCCCUGAUAUCCCGGAAAACGUCGAUUUCUCUUUCCAGUACCAGCCUAGCCCCGUCACGCUGUUCCGGUACUCGUCCUUAAUGUUCAACGCGCAUCAUAUCCAUCUCGACAAGGACUAUACAACAAGAGUUGAGGGAUACCCAGAACGCCUCGUCCACGGACCACUGACUGCAACGAUGUUGCUGGAAACUGUCAACUUCCACAACCCAUUGGUGCACCUCAAAGAGUUUGAAUAUCGCGCGACCAAUCCGAUGUACGUCAAUCGGGUGUUGACUAUCAAUGGGACCUGGAUCGGUCCGUCAAAGGCGAAGGUAUGGUGUGUGGACGAUGAAGGAGCAGUUGGAAUGGUCGGCCUCGUGACAACGGCAGAAUAG